UCGCAUGCACGCUGCUUUAUUAAUAACCCUGGUUAAUUGUAUGAAGUCCUUGCCCUGCCAUGGAGCCGAGGGGCGGUGGAGCAGAAGGGAGCGGGCUUUGUCCCCCCGCCCAGCGCGUGGGCGGUGCGGCACGGCCGAGCUCCCACCCGCACAGCCUCGCUCCUCAUCCAGUGUCCGCUGGAGUGGGGCAGAGCCAUCGGCCCGCGGGGCUCGCAGGCUGCCGGUGCCAUGCGGGGCCCGCUGCUCUGGGCCGGCUGCCUGCUGGCCACCGGCUGCCUGCUGGGAGCCACGGGCAGCUGCCGGCACCGCUGCUGCCCCGGCAGGAACAACGCGUGCUGGGCCCCCGGCACCCGCCGGGCUCGCUGCUACUGCGACUCGUACUGCCAGCGGACCGGAGACUGCUGCCAGGACUACCCCACCUCGUGCCGCCGUGCCGCGGUGGGCUGUGCUGUGGGGCCCUGGGGGCCGUGGAGCGGGUGCAGCUCCCCGUGCGGGGUUGGCAGCAGGGCCCGCAGCCGCCAGGUCACGGUGCCGCCCCGGCACGGCGGCGAUCCCUGUCCGGACCUCAAGCAGCGCCGCGGCUGCCUGGGGCAGCACCCGACCUGCGGGACGGCCCAAGGUAACGGGGCUGCCUGCUGCCCUCCUGCUGCUGUCCCCGUGUGCUGCCGCCCCGAGGUGCCUUUAAUCAUCCCCGUGUCCCUCACAGCUGCUCUUCUGCCAGAGGUAGCCAAGAUUCUCCCCAACUCCUUCAGCCAGGACUUCAGAGAUCCCUGGCGAAGAGCUGGGCUGCCACUGCUGGAGGAGCCCUCUGGCUCCCCCCUCCCCAGCUCCUGCGGCUAUUUCCGCCUGACCCAGGUGGGGCCCCCGUGCCGCGGGCGCGCCUGGAGCCGCCGGCUGCAGCGGGACAAACAGGUCUGUGUGGAAUGCCGCGGGAAUCUGCCCCACCGCCGUCCCCACUGCACCGGACACGGCCUGCAAGGAGCCAGGACAUUUUGGGUGGCUGCUUCUGUGGUGGGGUGCCAGGGCUCAUGGGUGCAGGAGGGCCUGCAGGAGGGCUGUGUCUGCUCCCCACCAGCUCUCAUCUUUGUGUAGGAUCACCCUGGGAAGGUGAGCUGAGCCUCCCCAUGGCACCACUCCUUGCUGGGGAGGUGAGGAAUUAAAUAAAAAUGUGCUCUCUUUCAUAAUUUCACCCUCCUGCAGGUUUGCUGUUCACCCUUGGUGCCAGCUCCAUUUUCCAUUAAAUAUUUUGCUGAAGAAUGGAAAAACCCUUCUUAUAAAGACUAAAAAUAAGGGAAUUGCUGAAGUGUGGUGAUAAAUGGUAGAAGAACAGCAUGAUGAAGUUAAGUCUGGGUGAGAAGACGAUGUGGCAGUGACAUGGUGUGACGAUGUCAUGCUCAGCCAUGACAUUAUACUUACAAGCUGCAACUGGCAAGCAACGUGAGGAUGGAGGCAGCAUCCUUCCCCUUGUCUGAGCUCACUCGCUGCAGUAUCAGGUGAGCCAUGCAGGGCAGUUCAGCCCUGCUGGGCUUUGCAGAGAGGAAUUAAACAGACACCCAAAGCCUGCACGCAGGCGAUGGUGCCGGUGCCCAGUUCCAGCCAUGGGGCUCAGCAGCCCCCACUGGAAGGAGUGAGGCUGGGCUGGGUGGUGUCCUUCCCCACUCCUCGCCCAGCACAACAUGACCUUGCUGGUAGGGUCCCUGCUCCAGCUUUGGGUGGUGCUGCCACAGCCUGUGGUGGGAGCACGUGCCAUGCCAGGGCUGGAUCUUGCUCUACUGCAGGCACUGCCUGUUGUCUGUUUGCUGCCUCAGGACAUUUCUGGCUCCUGCAGCCUGCUCUCACACCACGCUCCUGGGCAGGGGAAUUAAAA